GAAGUCUUGGCUCUUUCAGUCGUAGCAUAGUCUACUCUUUUACUGUAGAAAAUUAAUAUGUACGUGUGAAAUGAAAAGGGGCUUUGGCUUUGAAUCGUGCCAUCAUGUCAUGACUUGAAAAUGUAGUCUGCAAGUUUAAUGAAAACAGACCGAGUAAAUCCCGGCGACGCGGUGGAAACAGAAGAUCGACUGUUAUGAGGAGCGAGAAAAGCCCGACGGAUAUAGCUAAAUCUGUAGAGUUAGACACGGGAAUGGACGACCAUGGAUCUCAGGGUACCCCGCGUCCGCUACCUCCUGCUGCCAGAAGAUCGACAAAAGGAAAAGCUCCUCCCCCACCUGCAGCCAAGGGCCUGGACGGCCAGAGACUGUCCCUGAGACUUCUGGGAAGCCCGCUCUCCACCAUGGACCAGAAAGAGAACCUCAUCGACAAGGACCUGAACCUGACCGUGGUUCUGCCCGGAGGGGUGGAGACACCGGCCACGGUGCCCGGGAGCAAGCCCAUGAUGGACCUGUUAGUCAUGCUGUGUGCAAAAUACCACCUGAACCCUUCCGGCCACACCAUCGAGCUCAUCUCCACAAACAGAAACCACAUCAAGUUCAAGCCCAACGCUUUGAUAGGAACCUUGGAGGCCGAGAGGAUCCUACUCAAACCCAAGGGUGUGGAUGAAAAGAGCAAGAAGGCAGGGCCGCAAAUGCCAGAGGCUACCGUCCGCCUCGUCAUAAACUACAAAAAAACACAGAAGACGAUUCUAAGAGUCAACCCUCGAGUUCCCCUUGAAGAUCUCAUGCCUGCAGUUUGUGAAAAAUGUGAAUUUGACCAAAAGACCUCUGUUUUAUUGCGAGAUGUCCUGUCAGAAGAGCCUCUGGACUUGACCAAAUCCCUCAAUGACUUUGGCUUGAGAGAGGUCUAUGCAGUGGACACUAAAAGUGUUAACUCGGACAUACCGUCCUCGCCAAUAGAGAGAGGAGAUAGAAGUCCAUCAUACAAAAGCAGAUCUUUCAAGGAGAAAGAAAACAAAGGAUUGUUCAGCUUGUUUCGUAGAAGUAGUAAGAAGAAGCCAGACCAGGCGGUGGCCAUGAGUGCGCCUACGUCCCCGGUCCUGAGCAAGCCGAGGCCGGUUAGCAUGCCGCUGCUCGGUGCCAGCGCGUCCGUGUACAGCUCCAGCGCCACGCUCUCCGACGUGCCAAAGAAGAGACGGGCACCCCUGCCCCCCACCAUGGUGUCGCCGAGAUCCCCGUCCAGCCUCAGUGACUCCCCGACCUACACCUUCUCUGAAGGAGACCGGGAAGUUUCUGGGAUCCGUCGAGGGUCCUCUUCGGAGUCUUCGCUGAAGAGGACCAAGAGGAAGGCUCCGCCGCCCCCUUCCUCACCUUCUGCCAUGGCCAAGCCAGACGAGGCUCUGGAGGACGGGAGUGUUAAAGCCGGAUCGGUGCCCCACAGUCCCCUGGAGGAGAUCCGCGAGCAGGAAGAGAUGGCGGUCACCGCCACCCCCGACCCCGGCGCCGCAGCCGACGUCCGGACGGGCGACGGGAGCCCCGACGCCUCUGCCGACGUCCCGAUGGAUUCUGGGAAAACGGAGCCGGAGCUGCCCCCGCCUCCCACGGACGAGGAGCUGGCGGUGGCGAGCUCUCCGCUGGCGCUGGAUGGCACGGGGGAAGAUCAGUCGAAUGAUCUGUCCUCAGAUGGCAAACCAGCAAAGGACCCUGCGAGUGAUCAGGAAUGCACUGAACAAACUCCGAACACUGUGGAAACCCCUGAACUGGAACACAGAGAUUCUGCAGGGACAGAUACUGCAGGCACUGAUUUAAGCCCACCAGCUGAAGCGGAGCAGACGGUCUUGUUGGUAGAGGGUGCUUCAGUGCUGGGUGAUGUUAAGGAGAAGAGCGACUCUGGAACGUGCACGGCUCCGAGCGCGCCCGAAUUCCCCGCUCCCCCCCCUGUUCUCCCCGCUCCUCCCGCCCCCCGGCCCCAGACCCGGGACGCCGAGACGCUGACCUCCGACGAGCCGAACGGCGGGGCUCCUCUGGAGCGCGCGGAGAUAGCGGAAGCGCCGGCGGCCGUCGCCGCGGUAUCCCCCGCGGCCUCCCCGCCGAUAGCAGCAUCGCCGACCCCGCCUGUCGUCCAGCUGCCCCCGGCGUCUCCCUCCGAAGCGGCCCGGCCGAAGAGGGACAUGGCCACGUCCACGGAGGAGCUCCCCCAGGGCGAGGCUCCUCCCACGUCACCUCAGGAGCCCAAGAGCUCGCCCAUAUACCUCCUGGACUACGCCCCCAAACCCAAGCCGUCCAACGAGCUCACGAGAGAAUACAUCCCCAAGGUGGGGCUCACCACCUACACCAUCGUGCCCCAGAAGUCCCUGGAGAAGCUCCGUUUCUUCGAGGUGGAGCUGACGCUGGAGCCCCCGGGCUCGGCCCCGGGACAGAUGGUCGCCGUGGGGACCCAGCGCUGUCUCGCAGGGGUCCCCGCCGAGCAGCUGGAGCUCCGGAGCCCCACGCUCGUGAUGGGGGCUCCGCUGAGCAACGGGAGGUUCGCCGGCGUCCACGGCUUCCACGGAAACUCGCCUCCCGCUCAGUCGCCUCCCGCUCAGUCGCCUGCCGCUCAGUCGCCUCCCGCGCCUGCCGACGCCAAGCCGCCGUCCCUGCGCCGCAUGGGCACCUGGGCGGCUCCCGGGCCCAAGAAAACUCCGCCCCCGACCAAGCCCAAGCCGGGAUCUUUCCGCUUGUCGCUGCACAAGAGGACCCCCGGAUACGUGACGUCAGCGGCCGUGAAGAGCGCGAACGCCAUUCUCGCCAGCGGGCGGACCGAGGCGCCGGGGAGGCCAGACGCGGGACAGCCUGCGGAGGAGGAAAGCUUCCCACCUCCCCCUCCCCCUGAGCUCUGGGCAGGAGGGGCAGAAACCAGUCAGGAUGAGCCAAAGCCUCGGGAAGAGAACACAGUGGACGGCCCUGCUGCCAAUCUCGCAAGUCCUGCCCCCAGGCCCAUUGACUCCGCCCCCAAUGUCAAUGUCCCUGGCCCUGCCCCUGGGCCUGUUGACUCCGCCCCCAAUGUCAAUGUCCCUGCCCCUGGGCCUGUUGACUCUGCCCCUGAUGUCAAUGUCCUUGCCCCUGCCCCUAUGCCUGUUGUCCCCGCCACUAAUGUCAAUGUCCUUGCCCCUGCCCCAAGGCCUGUUGACCUCGUCCCCAAUGCCACUGUUUCUCCGCCCAGGGCGUCAGGCUCCGCCCCCAGGCUCACUCGCCAAUAUAGUCUGCCAGCCAGUGACCCGACAGUGGGGCUGAGUCUGGAGAGGAUGAGGGGCUUGAUGGCCCCCAAGCCGUACGCGCCCACCUCCCAGUCCCGCUUCGCCAGGGCUGUGUCCACUGCCAUCAAGAGGUCCCAGUCCUUUACUAAACCCUCCAGUGCCGACCCACAGCCUCCCGGAGUCCUGCCUGCCUCCUCGCUGGCCAACCAGAACUCGAUCAAAGAAGUGGCGGAACCUUCCAGAAGUCCGGAGAAGGAGGUGCGGGAGAGAGAGGAGGGCAAGACGCCGGAGCCCCAGCCAGGGGAGCGGCCCGACGGCGGGACAGGUGGCGCCGUGUCCUCGGAGAUGCCCGUCGGAGGAGAGACCAAUUCGCCAGCGGUGCCUGAUGCUUUGCCUCAGUUGUCUUUGAAUGGAGGGCCAACAGAGAUGUAGCCAACACAAGUUGAAUAGAGAUAUUUAUCUCCUCCUGUCACAUGACCUGAGUCGACCCUCAAGAAGAGGCAGUUCACCAGGUUCAACGCACAGGAAAUACAUUUUUUUGAGUAAAUUGAAAAAGUUUAUAAAGCGUUUCCUGGCCCCUUUUGAGAUUACUUUGUUUCCAAAUAAUUAUAUAUCAAUAUUUUGAGACUAAUUAUGUAUCAUAAUAUAUUUCAUUUCAUUUAAUUUGUUUAUUAAUAUCAGACCUUUUUGGGGUUGCUGGUUUUAUAAUGGUUAUAUGAAUUAUGUACAUGUUCCGAUUUAAAUGGUCUGUCUUAAGUUGCAUUAAUGUAUUUUUCUGGGUUAAUUAAAUUAUUAGUAUUAAAAUUAAGUUGUAAUUUUCAUCCAGAAAUAAAAAAAUAUAUAUUUACAAUAAGUCUAUUCAGACUGACUUGAAGAUGCGGUACUUAUAAAGUGUUCUUCCAUCAAUUAGAUUUUUUUAUUUGAUUUGUUUGUUUUAUAUUUUAUCAAAACAAAUCUGUGACCAGUCACUGGUACACGUAAACACUGUACAUGCAGUGUUGCUAUAUAUCUGUCAAGACUUCUGCUGAAAACACUUUAAAGAAUGGAAGCUGUGUUUGUGUACAUUGAAAUUAAAUUUAUCGGUUUGACUCUG